CCCCUGUGACAUGUGCUUUAGUUGCAGUGGAAAGGAAAUGUGUCAUCUGUGGUUAGUGGAAAGCUAGCUGUACAUAUCCUUUUUUUUUUUUACUGCAGAUUUACUUUUAAGUUCAUACUCUCCAAGUCUAUCCUGUUUUAAAUUACUUGGAAGCUGUGCUUCAAGACAAGAAAAGAAGUGGCUUAUUAAAAUCAGGUUAUAAUAAGAUUUUGAACAACCAUUUUGUAAGAUUACCAGUACACUCAAGGACAUGGAACACACAGGAAAUUACCUGCACCUUGCCUUUCUGAUGACAACAGUUUUUUCUUUGUCUCCCGGAACAAAAGCAAACUACACACAUCUGUGGACUAAUAAUACUGUUGUCUGGGAUCCAGAUAUUCAAAAUAAGACAGGCAGAAGCCAAAAUGAAAACAUUAACACAAACCCUACAACUUCUGAAGUAGAUAAAAAAGGUAAUUCUACAAACAUGCCUGAAAUAGCAACAUCAUCUCACAUGAUGUCUUUAACUCCUAAAACUGAACUGGAGCUUUAUAUAUCUUCUGUUGUCAGGAAGAGUUCUCCAACAGCCCAGAGCAUUGAAAACACAAGCAAAAAUCACAGUAAAAUUUUCAAAAAAGAUGCUUGUGAGGAAAACAACAACAAAAUGGCCAUGCUAGUUUGCUUAAUUAUAAUCGCAGUGCUUUUUCUUAUCUGUACCAUUUUAUUUUUAUCAACUGUGGUUCUGGCAAACAAAGUCUCAUCUCUCCGACGUUCAAAACAAGUAGGCAAGCGUCAGCCUAGAAGCAAUGGCGAUUUCCUGGCAAGCAGCGGUCUAUGGUCUGCUGAAUCAGACACUUGGAAAAGAGCAAAACAGCUCACAGGGCCCAACCUAAUGAUGCAAUCUACUGGCGUGCUCACAGCUACAAGGGCAAGAAAAGAUGGAGAAGGAACUGAACAACUCACCAACUAACGGAUGCUUUAAUGAAGAAAAAUGCAAAGUGGCAAUGAGAAAGUUUCGGGAGUCAAAAUGAAGUCAGUUUGAUACUUAAAGCCAGUGUGUUGCUCUGAUGGUCUAAAACUUGACAUGGCAGGCCUUGCAAUUUAGAAUCAAGCAGGUGAGAAGGGGAGAAGUAUGCCUGAUUACUCAGUUACUUAAACUGCACUUUUGUUCUGACACUGACUAUUUUAAAAAGCUAAAAAAUAAAACAAGCAUUUGAGGAAAGUUUUAAAGAUGAGGUGAAGGAAUUAAUAGAGGUAGAAAGGAACAAUUAAAUAAAGAUUUCCUGUCCAGCAACAGUAGUUAGAUGAUCUUUGUCUAAAUGUAAUUAAAUUUUGAAGAGUUUCAGUGUGCCAUGAGAGGCAAAUAUAUGCUUUAACAUCUAAUAGAAGUCACCUUCCUAAUGCGUAGAGUUGAACUGUAUAGUUAAAUGGUACUUUCUUUGCUGAAUGUGACAGAAUCCAUGCCAGCUCAUAUAUCAGCACAGCUAAUUGUUAUGCUAGAUGUUUUCAUCUUUACAUACAGUACACAUAAGAAAGUGUUGUUCUACUAUAAAUAUUUAAUUACAACCUUUGAUUUUGUAUAAUAAAUUAAGACUCAUUAGAAUAAAAAUUACUACGUAUAUUUGCAUUCACUUUAUUACCUUAGGGCUCACACUACAAAGAUCAGAAAGAAAUACAGCACAACUGAAACGGAUGAGAUUUACAGUCACAAGAGAAGGCCAGUGUAAAUUUAAAGCAUAUCUAAGUGUAACAUCACUCUGUAAGUAUUGCUUAUUGGAUUAUUUAUCGCAAAUAUCCAAAGGUUGAUCAACUUCUCGACUUCAAGAAUGCCAAGUGGCCUAAUAAAUGACCAGUUUUAUUUUUUUACUAUCAA